AUCGCAUUUCGACUGUCCCCACGAACGUCGUGUCAUCCACAUUGCAGUAUCCUGCAACACAGUCGCCAACAUGGCGUCCAUGCACUCGAGCAUUCGACCCAACACGUAUCUCUUCUUGCGACUGCCUAGUGAGAUGCUGAAACUGGUCGAGAUCAAGCUUAACACGAUCAUCGAGGUUGGCAAACUAGGCUCUUUUCCCUCAAAUUUACUACUCGGUCGCCCAUACCACCACACAUACGAGAUUCUCGAGAAAAGAGAUGGGGAGGCGUAUUCCAGAUUGAGAAUUGUGCCGCAGGCAGACUUGAAUGCUGAAGCGGGCUUGGACGAGCCUUCACCUUCGGAGUCAAGAGCAGAGCCAGGAACGCCCAAUGGGACAACGAGCCUACCAGAUGGCUACGAGCUGCUCGGUGAAGAUGGGUCAAUACUGAUGAAAAACAACCGAUUGACGGUCGACGAUGCGACACGACAGACGCUCACACAUGCUGAGAUCGAGGAGCUGAAGAAGUCGGCGGGUGCAAAGGAGGUCAUUGAGAAGAUUCUGGCCAGCCACACUGGGCUGGAUGAGAAGACAGUCUUCUCGAAAGCGAAAUACAUGCUGCGCAAGAACAAGAAGUACCUGAAGAGGUUCACGGUGCUGCCAAUGGACCUUGGGAAUUUGAUCGACUACAUCACGGACAAGGAACCGCCUCGGAUCAUGGACAUGCGCGAAGAAGCGCUAGGCUUGAUCACUGCUUGGAGUCACGCGCACUAUAGCAGAACCGAUGGGCUUCCGGACCAGAAAGACAAUGGCACAGCGUACGGACGAUGGCUCGUCGCUGAAGACACUGGAGGUCUGAUUGUGGCUGCUUUGGCAGAACGAAUGGGCAUUCUUUAUCCACCACAAUCGAAGGAAGCAGCGAAAGAGACCGAGGAGCACACACUGUCUGUGAAUGGCAAUGCAGACAAGUCAACCGACGCAUCAGCACCGACUAAGAGUCAAACUGUACAUCGCGACUAUCCUGCGCCUGCAUCGUCGAAUUCCAUAACGUUGGUGCAUCCUGCUGUUCAGCCUAAUGUCUCGAUCCUCAAAUAUUUCGGUUACGACACGAGCAAUCCCACAGGCUCUCCCGAUCAAGCUGAACACCCUUUGCAUACCCACUUCAAAUCAUUGUCCUGGCUACAGCUAUUGCAGCCUGAAGAAGAUCCUUUGUAUACUGAGCCAGAACGCCAAUCAGAAGAAGUGCUCGCGUCUUGGAAAAGUGGCAAACGAGGGACAUAUUUCAAGAAGCGUCGGCGAUGGGAGCGGUGCAAGUCAAUCGUGGACGAGGCCAGACAAGGAGAGUUCGACGGGCUUGUGGUAGCAUCACCGAUGGACCCAGUCAGCAUUCUUGAGCAUGGUGUGCCACUAAUACGUGGCGGCGGACAUCUAGUCAUGUACAGCCCGACCAUCGAGCCUCUCGUGCAGGUCAUCGAUCUCUACUCCAAAGAGCGACGAGCAGCAUACAUUGCGCAUCUCGCUAGGGAUGAGCUGCCAGACGCAGACGACUUUCCAGUAGACCCACGCCUCCUCCUUGCUCCAUCAAUACAGACCAGUCGUGUGCGAGAUUGGCAGGUAUUACCUGGCCGGACGCAUCCUCUCAUGACAAGCCGAGGCGGAGCGGAAGGCUACGUACUCACGGCAAGGAGGGUGAUUCCUCUAGCAGGUGGUGUCGAUGCACGAGGCAACUUCUACGGGAAGAAACGAAAAACGAAUGCAACAAUCCCGGCUGUCACUACUGCUGACCCCAGUGGGGAUGUCAGCACGGCGUCGGUGGAUGCUCUUGUGGAAGCUACGGCAGCCGCGCCUACACCAGUAUAGUCUGGGUAGUUGAAGUCCGGAAAUGGCGGACUGUGUGUGAGAACGAGUUGGGCAGGUUGGGCCAGCCAACAUGGCCAGCGCAGAAUAUGCUACUGGCUUGGCUACUACCAAUCUGAUGUUUGGUCUCUCGACCAUUGUCAAAGUGAGGCGGGGAUGGAGCACUAGGCUCGUAGAACGGCAGAACAUCGAAGUGCCUGGCUCAUGAAAGCCCGUAUUGCGUACGCGCUGUAGCUGUCCUACGCGAAAGCUUCCUACUAACUCACCUGGCCAUUGGAAGUACAACGAGCGGCCGAGCAUAUGAAGCAGAUUGAGCCGCGAAGUUGGUCCGGAAUACUUGGUCAAGACGCGAUGGACUACUCUUGUGCAAAGGUUCCAGAAUUCAAAAUCUCAAACGAGACGACAUUCAGUCGUUGCGGAUCCUUCUUUGCUGAUUCUGAAAAACUUGCGAGUAGAACACUCCGCAUGCUGUCCGCCCUUAUGCUGCCUGCGAUGAUCAUGCACACCGACUUCGUGGUGUGAGGUAUCCGCGCAACGUAAGCAGAAACGUAGGACAUCCGCUACGCUCUACAGAACAGUUGGGAUUUCCUUAGUGUAGCGUAGCCAAUAUUGUACCUGACGC